AUGGCUGGGGAUGCUCUGGGACAGCUCUGGGUCACUGUGAUGAGUCGCCACUGUACAGGGUACGGCUGGCCCGUUCACAGCUGUGCAGGACACUGCUGGCUGGGGCACUGCCGUGCAGUGUGGGACACGGUUCUUGCUGUGCAGGACAUCCUGAUACAGGCCAUCGCUGCGUGGGACAUCGCCAGCUGUCCUGCCAUGCGGACCCCACGGGAAACACCCAGCACCUGGCAGGGCACCCCCGGGGACACGUACCCGCCCCAGCUGCCGCUGCCCCCGCACCCCGAAGCUUUGGCACGGCAGCUGUGCCGCUGCCCGACCAGCUGCUUUGCAGCUAUUCCCUGUGUUGUGGGGGAGUGGAGUCAUUGGAGUGGCUGUGCAGAGCAGUGUCAUCCUGGGCUGCGGAUCCGUAGGCGCUAUGUACAACAGGAACCUAAAAACGGUGGGGAACCGUGUCCAGCUCUGGAGGAAAAGGCUGGCUGCCUGGAAUACCUCACUUACCAGGGGGAGGAAUGUGGCCAUGAACAUGUCCCUGCUUUCAUAACUACCUCUGAAUAUGGUAAAGAAAGAAAAAGAAGAGCAGCAUCUUCUCUCUGGCCUUCAGACAAAGAGGCAGCAGGAUACUGUGUGGAGUUCAGGACAGAAUCUCUUUCCCAGCACUGCGCUCUGGAGACGCGUCCGCACGCGCGCUGGAUGCAGUACCUGCGCGAGGGACACACCGUGUGCGUCGCCUGCCAGCCCCCGGCCAUGAGCACGGGCACGCAGCGCUGCUCUGGAGAUGGCCAUAAUGCACACGGAGAUAAAAUCUUACACUGGGAAGCAAUUGGCAACUCUCAGUGCCAAGGAACCUGGAAGAAGAUCCGGCAACUGGAACACUGUUCCUGUCCCCUGGUGCAUAGUUUUAUUUUUACAUAAAAGUUUAAAAGACCUUUAAAAUGGCAACAAAAAGAAUACGAAAACUAACAAUGCCAAGAAACCAACAUAUUUCUGCUGCAUUUUCUGGAGCCUUAAAUUUUACAUGAGUCAGACCUUUGGCAGAAGCAUUUCAAGAAAUGCUCUCUGCCUUAAUACAAAAUGCAAAGACUGAUCUCUAUCAGAACACUAGAGCAUGUUUCCAUGUUUGUCUUUUGUAAUUAAAGAGCUAAUGUUUCUAACCAUAGUUGUUACUUUUCCUGAAGUUUUCCAUCUUUACUGGCCAUAGCCCAGUCUAUAGGCACUGCUCCUAAGUAGUGAGACAGCCAAGUAUUUUCAAGUCUGAGAAUAGUGACUGUCAGCAUUUAAGAGCAAGGGUGAAUAAAAAUUAAGUUUUGAGAGCUAAAACCAAUUUCAGUUUAGGUCCUUUGUUCCUCUCCAGUAUCAUCUAGACAACUUUUUACACUACAUCUGUAAAAGUAUUCUUCCUCUACACUGCAGUUUUCACUUUCAGUCACCUUCAUGAAGACAUACUUAGUGCUGUUAAGAAAUUGGUCUCCUCAGAACUUCAUGUCAGUAAUACAAAGUAUUAAAGUAACUUUCCUGGCAGGUGAACCUAGGCAAGACUUUGUGACUAAGGUAAAAAAA